GGAAUUGGAGACAACCAAAAAGAAAGAGGAAGGUGACAGAAGAGGAGAACCUAGAAGGACUGGAAUAAGCAAGGGAUCAAGGAAAGAUCCCCAUCCCAUCCCAGCAGGGAGUGGCGUUGAAUUCUGGGAAAGAGUUGUGCCAGAGAUCCUGACUCAAGACACUAUGACUGCAGAUGUACACAGCCAAUGUUUCCGGCAGUUCCGUUACCAUGAGGCUGCUGGGCCCCGAGAGGUUUGCAGCCAGCUCCAUGGACUUUGCAACCGCUGGCUAAAGCCAGAGAAGUGCACCAAGAAGCAUAUCCUGGACCUGGUGAUCCUGGAGCAGUUCCUGGCCAUCCUGCCACAGGAAAUGCAGUGCUGGGUCAGAGAAUGUGGGCCAGAGACCAGUUCUCAGGCGGUGGCCCUGGCUGAAGGUUUCCUCCUGAGUCAGGCAGAGGAGAAGAGGCAGGUAGACCAGGUGUGGGGACUGUCCAUAAAGAUGGAAGCAAAGUUCUCUGAGGCAGGAGUUCCGUCAGAGGAAGGUCAGAGGAUGCAGAUCCAAGAGUGUGCCCAAGAUGCCCUGUCAAGAGGCAGUGAAGAAAUGGUGUUGAGCCAUCGAUUUUGCAAAAGUGUGGAAGCGGCUUCUGCACCUCCACUCCAGUGUCCCUUUUCCUUUGAGGAGGUGGCUGUGUAUUUCACCGAGGCAGAGUGGGCCCUGCUGGAUCCAGGCCAAAGAGCUCUGCACAGCGAAGUCAUGCUGGAGAACUAUGGGACCGUGACCUCUCUUGAACCAUGGAAUGUAAGAGAGACUAUGGUGGAGACAGACAAAGGUCUCUCAUCUGAAGGAAGGCCAGAGAGUUUCUCAAGGGGAUCUCCAGAGAGUAUUUUCUACCAAGAUGAGUUGGCUGCAACAGAGAAUGAUGAGAGGAAUGAGGAGGAGGAAGAAUUGCAUCCUCUAUCACCAGAUGUGGUGAAGAAUGAAAACCUGAGAGGAAACUUCAGGACUCAAGGCAGACCCAAGAGGCAGGAAGGAAGCCACACAGUCCAGAAGAGGGAUGAAUCCAUCCCACACCAAGGGGAGGAUAUCUGUGAAAUAAUGUACAUGGUGGAGGAAACAUAUGAGUGUUUGGAGUGCGGAAUGAACUUCUCAGAUCAAACCCAAUAUAAUAUCCAUUUACGAAUCCACCGUGGAAGGAAGGCCCAUGAAUGUCUGGAGUGUAGAAAGAGGUUCCUUUGUAGAGCAGAACUAAUUAGACAUCGAAGAACACAUACAGGUGAGAAAUCUUAUAAGAGUUCACACUGUGGGAAGAGCUUAUCAGAGAAAUCAGACUUUGUUCCUUCUGGAGAGAAAACAUUAAUCUCCUCAGAGGAUGGAAUGACAUUCUCUAUUGGAAGAAAAGAUAAUACAUAUUUUUCAAAGCACAACCUAAUGAAGGCACAUAACUGCUUUCAGUGUGGAAAGUGCUUCAAAUACAGAUCACAGCUCUUUGUGCACCAAAGAAUCCACAGAGGGGACAAAUCGUCUGAAUACUCAGAGAAUGGAAAGAGGUUGAGUUGGAGUGGCACUUUUCAACAGCAUCAAGAAAUCUACACAGUGGAGAAACCUUUUGAAUGCACAGACUGUGGAAAGAGAUUCAGUAAGAGUGGCAAUCUUCAGCGUCAUCAAAGAACCCAUAAAGGGGAGAAACCUUUUGAAUGCACAGAGUGCGGAAAGAAAUACAGUAGAAGUGGCCAUCUUCAGCGGCACCAAAUAAUCCACACAGGAGAAAAACCAUUUGAAUGCUCAGAGUGUGGAAAGAGGUUUAGUCAAAGUGGCAGUCUUCAGCAACAUCUAAGAACCCAUACGGGGGAGAAACCUUUUGAAUGCUCAGAGUGUGGAAGGAAAUUCAGUCACAGUGGCAGUCUUCAGCAGCAUCAAAGAACUCACACAGGGGAGAAACCUUUUGAAUGCUCAGAGUGUGGAAAGAGAUUUACUGUGAAGAGCAAUCUUCAGGUUCAUCUAAGAACUCACAAACUGGAGAAACCUUUUGAAUGCUCAGUGUGUGGAAAAAAAUUCAGUCAGAGUGGCAGUCUUCAGGAGCAUCAAAGAACCCACACAGGGGAGAAACCUUUUGAAUGUUCAGACUGUGGGAAGAAAUUCAGUGCGAGGGGGAAUCUUCAACUGCACCAAAGAACCCAUACAGGGGAGAAACCUUUUGAAUGUUCACAGUGUAGAAAGAGCUUUACCUGGAAGGACCAACUUCAGCAGCAUGAAAUAACCCACACAGGGCAGAAACCUUUUGAAUGCUCAGUGUGUGGAAAGAGAUUCAGCCGGAAUAGCUCUCUUCAGAUGCAUCAAAGAACCCACACAGGGGUGAAACCUUUUGAAUGCCCAUUAUGUGGAAACAGGUUCAGUCGGAGUGGGCAUCUUCAUCAGCAUCUAAGAACUCACACAGGGGAGAAACCUUUUGAAUGCUUAGUGUGUGGGAAAAGAUUCAGUCGGCGAGGCCAUCUUCAGCAACAUCAAAGAACCCACACAGGAGAGAAACCUUUUGAAUGCUCUGAGUGUGGAAAGAAAUUCAGCCAGAGUAGCAGUCUUCAGCAGCAUCAAAGAACCCACACAGGGGAGAAACCUUUUGAAUGUUCAGAGUGUGGAAAGAGAUUUAGUCAGAGUGGCAUAUAUCAAUUGCACCAAAGAACUCACACAGGGGAGAAACCUUUUGAGUGCUCAGAGUGUGGAAGGAGAUUUGGGUGGAGUAAGUCUUUUCAAAAACAUCUAAAAACCCACACAAGGGGAAAUGAUGUAACUACUUAACCUAUAAAAAGAGCUUUCCUGCUAUUUCACACCUAAAAAACAAUGACAGAGUAUAUAAAGUGUAGAAAUGAUAUAAACGGUUGUAAAGAGCUUGAAUCUACACAGAAAUUUAAUCCUAACCAGAAAGACAUAUUAUAAAUGCCUGGAAUGUGAAAAGAGCUUUAGUCAUAUUUGAAACCUCAAAUAGACCCCACAGGGAAGAAAGCAAGAAUAAGGAUGGGCUCACUGGGUUGAAGGAUCAGCGGAGAGCCAGUUUGGUGUAGUGGUUAAGUGUGCGGACUCUUAUCUGGGAGAACCAGGUUUGAUUCCCCACUCUUCCACUUGCAGCUGCUGGAAUGGCUUGGGUUAGCCAUAGCUGUCAUAGGAGUGGACCUUGAAAGGGCAGCUGCUGUGAGAGCCUUUUAACCCCACCCACCUCACAGGGUGUCUGUUGUGAGGGGAGAAGAUAUAGGAGAUUGUAAGCCGCUCUGAGUCUCUGAUUUAGAGAGAAGGGCGGGGUAUAAAUCUGCAGUCUUCUUCUUCUUUAGCAUCAGGGAAGUCUGCCCACGGAGGAACCUCAUCAAUGCUCAGUGUGUGGCAAAAGCCUGAGGCUCAGAUCCAACCUUAACGUUCCUCAGAGAAUCUUUAUGAGGGGGAACUUGUACAGGAAUAGCUGGUUCUGAUGAAGGUCUUUCUUCAAAUUCUCAGGUGUUGGAGGUUCAGAAAGGCUCAAAGUAGUUACUCGAAAGUGGGCCUUUUUGGUGGUUGCCCUCCUCUGUGAAACUUGCUACUUCAGGUUAUCUGCCAUGCUAACUCUUUCUGACCUGCAAUUUAGAGUAUUGACUAUUACAUGCAAGGAAUGGAAGUAUUGGCUUUUAUGUACAAAGCCCUUCAUGGCCUUGGACUCUCAUAUUCAGGGCCAGCUCGUCCACUAGGCAAACUAGGUAUUUGUCUAGGGCACCGCGAGGGGGGGGGCCGAAUUGGACUCUCCCCUCUCAGUGCUGUCUCUUAAGAGAGUGCUGGAUGAGGCUUCACUCCUGCCUCACUUCUGCAGGAAAUGAGAGCACUGAGAGGCCCGGGCUGAGUCUAAGUGGGUAGGGCCAAUUCUAGCCACGCUCCUCUGAGUGCGGCGAGUGCGGCGCCACAGAAGAAGAGGGGAGGGAGGGGGGCAGCGGCAGUGUUUUACCCGCCAAUCAGCUGAUUAGCGGGAGGGGCCUUUAAAGAGGCCAGGAGGUGCGGCAUUCCAUUGCCCCUUCCCGGGCGGUGCAGAAGGGGAGGGGGGAGGCAUUGCGGAGGGGGGCAGCAGGGCGUGGCGGCUGGCGAGUCUGCCUGGGGCACCCUGUGCCCUUGGGCUGGCCCUGCUCAUAUUUUCAAGACCACCAGUAUGCAUCAGCACAAUCCUGUCCUCUCCCUGCCUUUUACCCAGUAUGAAAUUCUGUGGUUGCCUAGAAACAGCCACUGAGGGAAUCCAUUUCUUGAUGCUACAGAUGCUCCUUUUAUUAUAUGUUGUUUUUUAAAAACCCUGUUUAUCAUAUAUUACAGAUUUUUCAGCAACUGGGGAAUUUUUCAGUUUGUAGAAAGGUCUUCCCCUUCACAGCUCCAGUCACUGCAUUUAGGUAUGCUCACAUUUGGCAAACUUCACUAUUAGAAUAUUGUUGGGAUAUGGUAAGAUCUCAAUGUCAGGCAUUAUAGGGUUAACAGAUUUGUUUUGAUUCCAGCAGAGACCUGACCAGGAAGUACAACCUGGUUCAGAGCCUAUCUUGUGUUUUAAUUGGAUGGUUUUAACUUACCAGUGUUUGGUUUGACUAAUCAGUUCAGUUUUUUCCUGCCAAGAUUGUAGAAAAGAGGUUAAUUGCCUAUUAGCCUCAACCCUCCCUCUAUUGUAAUUGUUACCUGUUGUGGCAGCCACUGCCCCUUGUUUUAUGUAAGUCUACUUGUAGAAUAAAUAUGUAGUUUUAGCUCUUCA